GUGAUAAAAUACGGAGAAAUAGAUUGAACAUCGUGGAUGGGAGGUUGUUGGUGGUUUAGGUUAGAAAUAGUAGUUAUUUGUUCGGGGAAUUUGACGAGGGAUCGCGACUGGAAUGAUCACCACUGUCUUGAAAUUCCUUGGUUGCGUGAUCGUGGACAUGAGUGCGUUUAUUUGAGGGACGGCGUGUUUUGGAUGGAUACGACAUUUUAACGUUCGUUCAGCGGAUUUCGACUGUAAAUAACUUACUUCGAGAUGGAUUUAGAAUCUAGCAAAACCGAGUCUGUUCCUAAGCAAGCUAUGGUCUAUAUUUGUGGAGAGUGCCACCACGAUAACGAAAUUCGACCCAGGGAACCCAUUCGAUGCAGAAAGUGUGGAUACAGAAUUAUGUAUAAGAAGCGUACUAAGCGUCUGGUCGUUUUUGAUGCACGGUAAACCGAACUACGGAGACCAGAGGCUGCGAUACCUUGAUACCUAAAUUACAUAAUCUAUAAAGGUGUAUAUUUAUUUGAUGAAAGUCACGUAAUGUUAUUUUAAUUAAAGUAUGAGUGUAAUUUGAUAAAAA